AUGGCGACUCAAGCGGCGCUAAUUGCCGACACGAUUGUCGGUAUGAAGCGGGCAUUGCACAGGGAACAGGACGAUUCGGGACCCGACGAUUCUAUCGCCGAGCCUACAAACCGCGGCAAUAAAAUGAAAGAAAAUGCGAAGUACGUUCGGGAAGGAGCCAUGGGGUACAUCAAUGCAGAGGAAUUUUACAAAGAGAAGGUCAACCAUGCUGGCUACACGCGUUAUAUUCUGCAGCGAAAUCCAAUUCGCUAUGAUUCCGAGGGCGAGGAACUGGACGAGGAGGAUGAAGAUUCUGAAGCUGACGCCGCUGUGGCCGAGGAGAACCCGUUUUCGGGGAUUGCGCUUGAAACGUUCUUAUGUCCCCUGAAGCACCCUUCCGAACUCCCGACCCACCCUUCGUUAUCCCAACCCUACACUUCCCCCGCGCUCGACCAAAUGACGCUAGCGGUCGAGGAAAAGCUGCGCCAGGAGCGCGCUCUUCUUUGGCGAGCCAGAAAUCUUCAUCGGCAAUUUCUUGGGGACGGCGGCUGGAUGCCGUGCGGCCUCCUUGAAAGCCCCGACGACCGGUACAUCUUCGAGCCCAAGGUCAUGGGUAAUGGUCAAAGUGCGUCUCUCCAGGAAAUGAGUGGAUCUGGGUCACCACCUGCUGGUAAUGCCAAUGCACCUCAAGAGGCUGAGGCGCAACCUACCGUGAACGGGACGGAGAAUGGACCUCAGGGCACAGAUAAUGAUGCGGAAAUGGCCGAAGUCCCGGCGGCUUCUGCGGAAACUGCGACGAACAAUGAUUCCCAGGACCAGAUCACACAGCUUAAAUCUGAGGAAGCGGACGCUACAGUCACGGAUCUUCCACCGCAUCCAACCGGCGCAAACGAUUCAGCCCAAGAAGACAAGGAGAAAGCUACGGAGGAGAUGGAUACCUCGAAGGACGGAGAGAAGGCCGACACUGAAGCACAUCUCGAGGAGAACGAGGGCGAGGACGAAACUGAGCAGGAUGCUGAAAUGCACGACGGGUCACCCACGCCGCCUCGUCGCAUGACUACUCGUGCCCGAGCCAACGCGACCCAAGACGCGGGAUCUCCUACUUCUACCGCCGAUACUGCCAGUACCCUCCCAACUCCCCACCCGCUCUUCCUCAUCCCGGAAGGGGUUCUCCCAGAUGCGAACUUCGGCCUUCCUGCCGCCGAGGCAGAAGAAACACGUCGCUUGCUGUGGUCCUAUAUCCAAAAACAAGAGGAGACGGUGCGUGGCUUCGAGCACAUGCUCGACUCUUUGCUUCGCGCGUGCCACAUGAAGGCCGACGUCUUGGAGUGGUGCAAGGCCGAAGGUCACGUUGGUGAAAUGAGCGACGGCGAAGAUUGGUACGACCGCGAGAAAUGGGGCCUUGGAGAGGGAGAGGAUCUGAAGAAGGGCACCGAUGAGGACGAAGUAGAGACGGUCGACGAGCGCCAGACGACGGCCAAGCGAGGCCGUGGCCGACGACAAUAG